GAGUAAGCCUCAAGGACAUCUGGCUUUAUGGUUUUGAAGAUGAACCGGAGGACGAAGAAGGAAUGAUGGGGGAUAUUGACCUCAGAGUGGCCCUCAUCUUAGCCUGGGAUUUCUCUUUUUGUUUGGUGUGUUUUUGCUCGCCUGAGGUGAAAGAACGCUGGUUAGAUACUCUACACAGAAACAUUAAAGACGCAAAAGCGAGAGCGGGCUGUGCUUCAUCCCCUCCAGACGUCCUCAUGAAGGUUUUGAGUGGCAGUGUCACAACGAAAACUCUAACUGGAGGUGGCAUGGAACAAUUAAUUGAGUUUCCACUUGAGGGCGAUACAAAGAUCUCUGCUGUGUCAAAGCAGUUGAAUAACCAGGAGGAAAAGCUGACGUCGCAGCCCAUUGACACCAAGUGGAACCUGGUGCGGAGGCUCCGAAAGGGCUCAAGUUUCAUCAACAAAGCAUGCCGAUCAGAAACCGACACGAAGACUCAGCUGUUUGGACAGCCCCUCUGCAAAAUAUGCCCAGACAACUGCUCACUUCCCAAACCAGUCACAGAGGUGCUGGUGUUGCUAAGGAAAAGAGGGCCGUCCACAGAGGGAGUGUUUCGGAAACCGUGCAACAAAAAGAAUAUGCGGGACAUCAGGGAGCAACUCAACAGCGGCCUGGAGGUGGACCUAGAGGGUCAGCCGGUCGUUCUGCUCGUCGGGCUCCUCAAAAGUUUUCUGAAGGAACUUCCUGGCAGCCUGCUGGUGUCUGAACUUUAUAACAACUGGAUGACGGCUCUGGACAAUGAAGACGCCCAGCAGAGGGCCCUGGAAGUCAGAAAGGUGUCAGACGACCUCCCAGGGCCCAAUAAGCUCCUCCUGCAGCACCUACUCUGCGUCCUCCAUCACAUCCUUGAGAGUGCUGAUACAAACAUGAUGGACGCCUACAACCUGGCAGUGUGCAUCGCCCCCACGCUGCUGCAGCUGGACGACACCCCGCUGGAACAGCAGCAGGAAAAGACGAAGAAGGUCACAGAGCUAACUCAGUUCCUGAUCGAGCAUUGUGAAAUACUUGGAGAAAAUAUUCCAAAUCUGUUGGACACUGAUGCAGACUCUCUGUCCUCUCAGCAUCAUGACUCUGCGUACGACAGCACCGACCCAGAUGGAGAUGCAGAGACAGGAGAGAGCACCAGCUUCACACAUGGAGAGACGGGCUCGUCUUCCUCUCUCAGUCCCAGCUUUGCAGCCUCCUCUUGGCCAGCUGAUGGCAUGUUCAACACAAAGCCACCAUUCAACCGCCGCUGCUCUGAGCCCAUCAUCCUCCUCUCACCUGAUCUUGAGAGCGUGUGCAGCCACUCCAGAAGCCACGACGACUGCUCGGUGGAGAGGAGGGACUUUGAGGAGCAGCCUCUGAAAAAGCAGAUCUCAGAUGACUCUUUCUUGUGCAAAGGACGAGAUGGAGCGAUGCCAUUGUUGUCUUUUCCAAAACUGAGCAGCAGCUCCAACAUGGAUCCACUGCCUUACAUGUCAGCUAACUGCUCAUGCUCCUCCCUGGAGAGCGCUGCCUCUAAUCAGUCAGAGGGCUCUGUGUUUACCAGCUCCCCUGUGGGGUCGCCAGCCUGCUCCAGGAGAGCAAACACCACCAUUCAGCCUUCGAUUGCUGCAAAGGCGCAGCAGGACGUUGCAAAACAGAUUACAGAGGAGAAAAGGCGCUCACAGUCCAUGAGAGUUGCCAGUAAAGUCCUAAUGAGGACCAGAAGCUUAGGGGCCUUCAGCAGGAGCAGCAUGAAGAAAGACUCUCAGAAGGAAAACGCCUUCUCCUGUGAAACUCUCCAGGAGGACUCUCAGAGUGAAGCAGAUCCACCAGCUGAGCUCCUGCACAAACCGCGCCCUCUUUCGGCCAUCGAAGUGUUCAAGCAGGUGGACAGCAAGAUGCCCUGCAAGCCUCCUUCAUACGAGCAGGCGGUUCAGAGCGCAGGCCUUCCUCCACAGUAUGGAUCGAUGACUGUACAUGACGUCAUCAAGCUGGAGAGAAGGUCCCGUCCAGCCUCUGUAAACUAUGAAUUCCCCUCUACAUGUGCUGUCAAUCAGUACACAGACUGUUUUUCUCAAGGGGCCAAUGUUGUUGAGCAGCGGCUGCCUUUCCGCCAGAGAGCCAUGUCGGAGUCUGUGUCUGCGGGUCAUCAUGAGGUUGUGUCACGGAGAUGUAGCCAGCCCAUGUUUGAGGAAUUUUCUUACGCCAAGGAAUCUUAUGUUUGACUCUUGAACUGUUUCAAAUCGGAUUUUAGAUAUACACACCUUUAUCUGAGCUAAAUAUCAGUGGGCAAAGUGGAAGAGCCAGUUUUCAAAUAGCUAGUUAGCAACACAGCAAGCUUCUUUUGUUCUUUCAUUCAGAGACAUUCAUGGUUGUGAUGAGGGGAGACUUUUAGAGAAGUUUAUAUGGCUUUAUAUGGCAUUUUCUUUUGACAGCAGGAGUGUUUUGUUACAUAAUAGCAGCCACUUCCUCCCGAACUCCUUCCCUUUUCGCUGCUCUUUGGUUGGUUAGACAGGGAAACUGUGUUUUUGGCACUCGGCCCACUAAGCAGCUCUGUCUUAGCAAGAUGCUUGUAUGUCCAUGAAGUCCAAUCUAUUCAUUUUUCACUGUUUCACUUUGUAUGAAUGUCAGCUAUGUGCGGCCUCUACGGCUGCACGUUCUCAGUAGUACUAUUUAGAGUACAACAUUAAAAGAUAUGUAGUUAUUAUGAUAGAUAUCUAUCACGAUGAAGCUAUAAAAACACAAUGCACUGUGGAUAAAAUAUGCUAUGAGUUUGGAUUUUCUGUGUUUUGUUUGUUUUGUUUUGUUGAGAUAUGUACAGUAUAGCAAGUUGAGCACAUUUUUUUCUUCUGCUUUUUGUAAAUUCUCUUCACCUUGCAUGGUCUCUUUCUUCCACUACAUUCAAGCACUUUUCUGAUGAUAGACUAUGCUUUGUUACAUUUGGAUGCUUAAAUGUAAAUAAGAUUGUAUAAAUAUAGAUGGGUAAUCUUUGUUAAGUUGUCUUCCAGAGUCAUGUAAUUGAAUGGUUUUAAGUAAAUGGAAGGAAAACAACACAAUUAAAGAAAAUAACAAAGUU